GAUUGCGGAAGCGAGUCCUAGCUUUAGCCGGGUAUCAUAGAACCAAGGCAGAUAAAGUGUCUCCGUGGUAGAUCUCUAGGUAGUCGAUCGUAAUCGUAGUUACUGAUUGAAGCGCCUGUUUUCAGGAACCCGCUGUCUCUCUCUGCGACACGGGAACGAGCAGAAGCCGACUGAGAUGGAGGAGCCUGGUGGUACUACAGCUGAGGCUGGGACUCCAUCCCAAGCAGGCACCCCCAAGUCAAAGCUGGACACCCUGUCCAAAGACGACCUCAUCAAAUAUGCCAAAAAACAGAUAGCUGCCAUGCAAAAGAUGAAGACCAAAUGUGCAGAUUUGGAAAAAGAAGUUGAAUCUCUCAGGCAGCAAUCCAAAAAUACUGACAAAAGUUCAGAGGAUGCCUUGUUAAUACAGGAGCUGACCGAAAGGAUGGAUGUUUUACUACUGGAGAAAGCAGAAACUCAGCAAUGUCUUGCACUCUCACGUAAAGAGCUAGAGAGAACUAAACAGCAAGCCAAGGAGGAUCUUGCAGUGCUGCAGAGCGAACAUGAGCGUGUUACCGAAGACCAUCUAAGGAAGACCAAAACUCUGGAGUGCAGCAUGGAGGAAUCCAGAAACAAACACCUGGAAGAAGUGGCUCAUUUCCAGAAAUUACUCCAGGAGCGAGAGGAAUCUGACAGACAAAGGGAGAGUGAAAGAGAGAAGGAGCGCAAAGCAGAGCAUGCCAGUGCUAAAGAGAGUGCAGAAGAAGUUAGACGUUCCUUAGAAGCUCAACUGGACACCCUUCGAGCUGAAAUGAAGGCCAUCCAAGACAGAAGCUCUGAGGAAGUUGCUCAGUUGGAGGAGAACUACCAAAGGGAGUUGACAAAGGCCCAGCAGGAGGUGGAGAAUCUGAAGGAGGACCUCACUCAGAAGACUCUCCAGCAUGAGGAGGAAAUGAGAACUCUGGAGGAGGAGUUUGAGACCGAGAAGGAUCGUCUCAUGUUGAUCACAGAGGAGCUAACAGAGCAGCUUGCUUUAAAAGACAGCUACCUGCAAGAUGUUCAGGAGGAAGAUGAGGAUCCCAACCGUGAUUCCGGGAUCGCCAAAAUGCUGGAGCUGUCUGCAUGCAAACAAGCCGAACCUCAGAGCAAUGGACAAGAGACUGAUAUCAGCAAACUGAGAACGGCACUGGAUGAUCUUCAGUCUCAGAACACCAUGCUACAGGACGAGCUCACCCUGCUCAGCAAUGUGAACGAGGAGCUCCAGACCGAGCUGGAGAGGAUCAAAGAGGAGUUCCAGGGGGAAAGAGAAGAGCUUGAGUUCAAAAUCCAUGAGCUUCAGAUGAUUAGAGACAGUCCUUCCUCUGAACCUGUGAUGAAGCUUCAUCCUGAGCAACAAGAAGUCAAAGCAGAAGUAAAAAACACCCUUAACAUGUCAACGGAUGACCAGAACUCCCUAAAUAUGAACGAGGAGCUGAGAUUCCAAUGUGAGGCCUUAACCAGAGAACGAAACUCUGCCGUAGCUGAGUGCCAACACCUGAGAGACAUACUUCUAAGUGUGGAGACAGAGUUGGGUGAGAAGACCGAAGAUUUUGUCCAGCAGUACAACACCAUGAAAGAACAGGGAGCUGGCAGGGUGCGAGACCUUCAGGAGAAGAUCGAGCAGCUGAAUCAACACAGAGAUGAGCUGUUAGUGAGGAUGACUGAAAUUACAGAGGAGAGAAACACUCUGAAGAAGAAUAUGCAAGACCUUCAGCAAAAACUAGAUGAUUCCCCAGCUGAAAGCCAGAAAGUUUCUUCUUCGGCAGAGGAACAAACUUCUUUAGAGCAGUCUGUGAAGUACCUGACUAUGCAGAACGAGGAGAUCUUCUCCCAGCUAAAGAUGAAAGAGAACAUGAUUCAAGACCUGAAAGAAAUGGUCGCCAUGCUUUCUGAAGAGCGAGAUAAAAUAAAACAUCUGCUGAAGCUCAAAGAAGAUGAAGUGCAAAAUUUAAACGACGAGAAAACAAAAGAAUUUGAGACGUUGUUGGAGGAGAAAGAAAGGGAAAAACUUCUACUUCGAGAGGACAAAAAUAAGCAGGUGGAAAGCUUGAGAAAACAAACAGACAAUGAGGUGAAACAUCUAAAGGAGGAAAGAGAAAAGAUGGAAGAAAGUCUGAAGGAGAAGACGUUAGUUCAUGAGGAGACAGUUUCCAGUUUGGAGCUGAGAGUCAAAGAUCUCUCCACAGAGAGGGAUGAUCUCCGUCAGAAACAGGAGCAGGCUUUAUCACAGCUUUCUAAGCUUCAGGAAGAUGGGAAGCUUCUGGCCUCCAAGCUGGCAGACCUGGAGGCUCACCUGGAACAAAGGGGAUCUGAAAAGCAACAAUUAGAGGAAAAGUUGAAGUCACUAACAGAGGAGGCUGACAAAGCCAGCGCCUCUAUGAGGCUGCUGGAGGAAAAUCAAUCCAUAGCACUUAGAAAGUCAGCUGAGGAGCUAGAAGAACUUCAGACUCGGGUUGAUGAGCUCGAAAAGGAGAGAAAUCUAUUAAAGAGAAGCCUUGAAGAGACAGAAGCCGAGGAAAGAGAGGAAGAGAUGCAACCAGACUUACAGUCUCACAUCAGAGACCUGGAAAAGGAGCGAAUCAUGUUGAGAGCCAACCUCGAGGAGGUUGUAAAGGAUAUAGAGGGACUGCAGAGAGAUCUCCAAGAUAUGAAAUCAGUUAAUGAGAAGAUUAGUGAUGAGAACCAGAAACUCCAGGCUCAAAUUUCCCUGGCUCAAGAAGAGAAGGAGGAGUGGGAAACAAAGAUGGAGCUGACGCUCAGAGAGCAACUGGCAGAGAAGGACUCUCUAGUUUCACAGCUGAGGAAUGAAAUUUCCACUCUCCAGGAAUCUAAUGCCCAAUCUGCUUCCUCAGAGGAAAACGAAGCCAAUGAAACAACCAAGAAAUUGGCUCUCCUAGAGACCACAAUCAAAGAAAGGGAUGAGAAGAUGAACAAAAUCAAGGCAGUCGCAGUUAAAGCAAAGAAGGAGCUGGACAACAGCAAGAAAGAGGUUGCAGCCCUGAAGGAGGAAGUGACAUCACUAAAAGCGCAGCGUGAAAAGAUAAACACGUCGAUGAAAGAUAUCAUUCAUGGGGCAGAAGGAUACAAGAACCUGCAGAUAGAUUACGACGGGCAAAUGGAGCAACUGGAUAAGGAGAGGGAGAAGGUGGAGGCGGCGGAGAGACAGAUCGCUGAGCUGACCAAGAGACUCAGCAGUGCUGUCACACAGAACGAGACGCUGAGCAGUGAGAAGGAGGAUCACCUGGCCGGUUUGGAGACCUUGAGGAGCUCAGUGAAGCAGCUGGAGACCAAGAACCAGGAGCUGCAGAAACAGCUGGCGAGCCUGGACAGAGACCUGCUGGCUGAGAGAGCCAUUAAAGAUCAAAAGCUUAAGGAUUUGUCGUCUGCUAUGAAGGAGGUGGAGGAGCUGACAGCACAGCUCUGCAAGCAACAGCAGCAGUCUCAGCAGACCGCCCAGGAGCUGGAGCAGCUACGCAAGGAGGCCCAGCAGAGCUCCCUGCUGGACAUGGAGAUGGCCGAUUACGAACGUCUGGUGAAGGAACUCAAUGGAAAACUAACAGAGAAAGACAAGUGUGUAGAGGAGUUAAAAUCCCAGAUUAAGACGCUCACCCAGACACAGGAGACCCACAAGCAGGAAAUUGAGGCUUUGAAGUCUCAGCUGGACCAGGAGGAGGAGAAAACCAUGAAGAUGAAACAGCUGCUGGUGAAAACCAAGAAAGAUUUGGCAGAUGCUAAGAAACAGGAAAGCUCUCUCAUGAUGCAGCAGGCGUCUCUGAAAGGAGAGCUGGAAGCUAACCAACAACAGCUCGAAAGCACUAAGAUUGAGACGUGUGAGCUGACAGCUGAGCGCCACCGUCUACAGGAGCAGCUGAGGUCUGCUUUGGAGCAGCAACAGAGAACCAGCAGCUCCCUGCAGCAGCGCAUCCACAGUCUGCAGCAAGAAAGAGACACUGCCAAGACUGAGCUCAUGGCUACAACAAGUGAGUUUGAGAGUUACAAGGUGCGAGUCCACAACGUGCUGAAACAGCAGAAGAAUAAAACCAGUGCCCAGCCUGAAGGAGACUCUGGCAAACUGGAGAGGGAGCAGUUGUCCUCUCAGGUUGAACAGCUGAGGAGCAGACUGUCGGAGAGCCAACAGAGCCUCCAGAGCAGCAUAGCCGAGCUGCAGCAGCUCCAGACUGAGCACGACACUCUCCUGGAGAGGCACAACAAAAUCCUGCAGGAAAACGUUACCAAAGAGGCUGAGCUCCGUGAGAGGGUUUUGACAUUACAGACAGAGAAUGUCUCCUUAAGGUCAGACCUGUCCCAGGCUCAGGCUGACCUGUCGUCCCAGGUUGAGGCCCGGCGGCAAACCUACAGGGAGCAGCUUAGGAAGCUGCAGGAUGACCACCGGGCCACCGUGGAGACCCUGCAGGGACAACUGAGCCGCGUCGAGGAGCAGCUUUUCAACAUGCAGAGCCAGAACAGUGCGAUGUCGGGCCAGUCCAGCCGUAAGCCUCUGACAUCAGAACUUCAGCGGAGAAACACUGAUCAGAACCACGCAGGGUUUGGAACGAUGGGUUUCAACGACCUGCAGUCGAUGGCCAGGGAGGAAGGAGAAGGCAUGGAGACCACUGAGACCGAAAGAUCUUCCCCAAAACUCAGCCCCCUGCCCACUCUGGAGCAGCUACUCACAUCCCCAGAUCCCAAACAAGAGCUUUUUGUGUGGACAGUGGAGCCGACCAAGGAAGAGCUGAUUGAGAAGCUGAGCACAGCCACCCGCAGCAUGGAGCACAUGAACAGCCUCCUGCAUGAAACUGAGGCCACCAACGCUGUUCUCAUGGAGCAGAUCACUCUGUUGAAAAGCGAAGUUAGACGACUUGAACGAAACCAGGAGAGGGAGAAGAGUGUGGCCAAUCUGGAGUAUCUGAAGAACGUCCUGCUGCAGUUUAUCUUCCUGCGUUCUGGCAGCGAGAGGCAGGCGCUCCUGCCGGUCAUUCACACCAUGUUGCAGCUCAGUCCAGAGGAGAAGAGCAAGCUGGCUGCAAUUGCACAAGGUGAGGAGGAGGGAACCGGCUCUCGGGGCUCAGGGUGGACCUCCUACCUCCACAGCUGGUCUGGGAUCAGAUAGACUUGGUGACCAAACCAAAUCGGCAAUAAAUACUGGCAGGACACCGCAGUAACAUUACUGAGCCUCUCUCUUUGUGACAAUCUAUAACCGGGAUGCUGCACACUUAAAAUGGUUUUAACUGGGGCAUUAAUGUGUUAUUGGGACACAGUAGACAAGACCAAAGGAAGUAUGUAAAUGAAAAUAAAAUAAAAACUUGUGUUUUGUUGGUAGAGAUAAUGGAAACAAGAAUACUGUUUGAAAUUUGCUUUGCGGUACGUAUAUACAGUUCUUCACUAAGGUGUACACAACCUUGUUAAACUGCCAGGUUUAUGUGAUGUAAGCAAAUCGAGACUGAUAAAUAGUUUUAAAGCUUUUUCUACAUAAAAUCUAACAGUUAUCCUGUACAAUUCAGCUGAAAACACUGUUCAAUUAAUACUGUUUAAGCACCGUUUAAUUCAGCUGUAGCUUUCAGUCUUCUUUGGUAGUCAUAUCAUCGUCCCACACCUUAAUUUGCCCAUUCUACUUUGCAAAAGUUCUCCAAAUCUACAGGAUUGUGAGGAUAUUUCCUGUUCAGAACCUUAUUCAGUUGAGAUUCAGCUCUAGAUUUUCAGUUGAAAUUAAGAUUACAACUGGACUCUGCCUAAACUAUUCCAAUAUUCAAAUUUUCCUCUUAUGAAGCCAUUCUUUUGCUGAUUUGGACUCACUGUGAUGCUGAAUAAUAACAUCCAUCCUAAUCUUCAGCUUUCUAGCAGACACUUGACGCUUUGGUAGAAAACCGACUGGCAUGUUUUCAUCCACCUCAAAAAAAAAAAACGAAAUUCCAUCCGAAGAAAAGUAAACCCAGAUCAUGCUGCGCCCACCACCGUGUUUCAAUGUGGGUACAGUGUUCCUACUGAAAUAAUGUCUCAAAGUUCCGGUUUGGUUUCAUCAGAUCAUAAAACAUUACUUUCACAAGGUUUUGGGAGAUCCUACAAGGUUAGCUUAACUUUAUUUCAAGAUAAUCCUAUGCACUUACAGGCAUAGAGCAUUAUAAGUUAUAUAACAUACGUUUGUUGCAAAAUAUUCUCUGUUUUCUGGAUAAUAAAGCAAGUGGUGGCCAAAUUGUAAGAUUGAGAAUUAUUUAAGGAGGUAAAUAUAGCCUGGCAUAAUGUGACUUAAAUAUUGUUGACAGAUAAAAAAGAUUUGACUCUUGGGCUUGUGUACAGUGUAGCACGUUUUCUUUUCUCUCUAUUAUAGCGCAGGUUUUGUUACAAAUGACAUUUCUAUAUGCAGCAGUGAUCAUAUGUUGACCUUUUAAUGUUUUUCUCUACCUUACAGUCUGCAAUCUUGUUUACCAUCUCUUGCAGUACACAUGCAACAACAUAGACAUUAUCUUCGCCCAGUUUUGGUCUGGUUGGUUCAAAAAUUAAAAAGCCUUAAUUCUAUACAUUGUGGUAAAGAAAAAUCAUCAAGGAUCUUUUUUUUUUCUGAAGUUUUUCAGAAUCUUUGACAUAACCAACUAAAUAAUGUCAUGUGUUCAUUUUUUCCCAUUUCUCUUACUGGUUUCCAGCUCACUCAUCCCUCAUAUUCUGAACUCAGGUGCAGGUGUUUGUGUUUAUAUGUACUGUAACGUUUGGCGGUUUGAAAAGUGUUACCUCUGCUGUUAUCAGAUUGUUUUAAUUGGUGAAUGAUGGCGCCUAUGAGAGCAAGCCUGUCUGCCCUGCUGAGGCGUCUGUGCAGCACCACAUGUUACUCUGUAAAUGUUAUGGUUGUCUUACCGAGGACUUUGACAUCACUGCGGGGUAGAAGUUAAAUUUUCCAACACACAUACUCAGAUUUGCUUCUGCAACAUCAAUACAUGCUUUUCCUCCUAGUUCAUGUUAUAGAAAUUUGCUUUUGUGUUUUUUUUCCACUCCAGUGGCAGCUCUUUGGGGAUGCGGUCACCACAACUGAAUGUACUUUUACCCAAGCGUUUAUAUUAUAUGAAGGUUACUGUUAUUAGAAGCUAUGAGAGAUUAUCAUAUUCAGAGAAUCUUUUAAGAUCCUGCCAUGUUUGUGUGGAUGUAAAACAAAAACGGCAGACACUGUGAUUGUAAAAGGAUUAAAAGCCAACAAGGCUGUGAGUGAUCACACUGA